AUGUAUAUUAAAAUGAGUGAACACUUCCCAAAAAUCCAACCAAACAAAAACAUUUCCAAAGACGUUUCAUUCCAAAGCUUUCUCCCUUCCUUCCCAAAGCUUCCAAAUUCCAAGCCAAAAGUCCACAAUCUUUUCAAAAAAUACUCAUGCAGGCGUUCAAGUGUCCAAAAAGGAAACAUUUCUUGAGAAGCUGACUCAAAUUUUCCCACAUUUGGCUUAAAAGAUGAGCAAAAAUUAAGAAGUGCAAGUAGACAAACUGAUAGCAAAUUGAGUGUCAGAAGAGACAGCAGCACCUCAGCUGAGAGAAAUGUUUUGACUGAAGAAAGUGAGAGAAUAAAUAGAAAAUACAAUAGAAGAAGCCCAAAUUUGUGCAAUCAGGCGACAAAAAUACCUUUUAUAACAAAGCAGCCAGCAAUUAUUGAAAAUAUUAUGAGAAAACAUAGGAAACUUUUUCAGGCGAAUGAUGAGGGAAUAAAAUCUGUAAUCGGGCCUUCUAUACAUAGCUCACAAAGUGUGAAUAAUUUCAGGCUGUUUAAAAGUAGAAGGAAUUUUAGCUCAAAAUGUAUAUAUAGAAUUAGUAGCAGAAAAGAUAUUUAA